UUUACUGUGACAAGAUGAAAGUGAUCAUCCAUAUCGUCAAAAAGCUCAAGAAUUUUGUGAGAGUCGUGGUGGCACUCUCGCCGAUAUAAAGAACAGUGCGGAGGAUGCAGACAUUAGAAAGUUUAUUCUUGAUAAUAAAAUGGAUUCUCCUCAAUGCGUACCAAACUAUGGUUUUUGGAUAGGAUUGCAAGAUGGCGAUGGCGCAGAUGAAGGAGUGUACAAGUGGGGUGAUGGGACCACACCUUGUUACCAAAACUGGGCAAAAGAUAAUCCUAACAACAAUGUGAAGAAGAAUGCAACAAGUGGCCAAGACUGUGUUCAGUUAUGGGCUAGGCCUGGCAAAGGACUAUUGUGGGAUGACGAAUAUUGUGACUACCGUCCAAAGGGGAUUGUGUGUCAGUUUAUUGACGAAUGUGGCUGUGAACUUGGAGCAAGUGUUUGAUCUGAUUUGAUGAAAGCUGAUCCGCGAUUGUGAAACUGACAAACGAUUCCGUGGCAGUAAUGUAACAAUAAAUAGUACAUGCAUGGAAAAGUAA